GGUUACUAUGGCCCCGCAUGUGCUGAUUCUCUCUGGCACGGUGGCUGCUGCCGCGUCAGCGGUCUAUCCGAAGACGAUCCUCUCCAGCGGCCAAGUGGACGUGACUGUCUAUUUGCCUGGCAAGCUCGGUUACUACAACUCCACGCGAUUUGACUGGGGCAGCAUGAUCGGAGAGAUCACUUUGGGUGAGGCCGAGUUCUUUAGCGAUCUCUGGAGAACAGCAACAGAUCCCAAUUGGGGGAAGGACCACGAUCCCUCGAACCCUGAAGGCGUUUUGGGCCUCGCAUCAGAGUUCGGUUGCGGCAGCGAUGGUCCAGAUUGUCCAGCUGGAUGGGGGCGACAGGCAGAAGCCAGCAACGGCGUGCUGGGAUACCAUGAAGCAGGUAUGGGAGAUCCAUUUCUGAAGAUCGGCGUGGGCAAACUGAUCAAAGGUUCUUGCGACGCUUGCAAGACCGACACGAAUUACCAUUUCAACUCCAGAUACGACUUUGCAGAGCCGCCAGUGUGGACAGUGAGUCAUCCUUCCAGUGACACCAUUGACAUGAUCCAUGAAGCUUCUUUGGGCGUGUGGGGAUACCGCUUUCAGCGACACUUGCAGGUUCACGGGGACAUGCUGGUGAUGAGGUCAGAGUUGACCAACACCGGCAGCAAAGCUUUCAAGACGGUUCAGUACACGCACAACUUCUUGGCCUUCAAUCGCCAGCAGAUUGGACCCCCCUUGAAGCUGCAGUCUGGCCAAGAUUUGUCCAGCUAUAGCGAACCGGGCAACGAGCAGG